AAUUUCAUCAUAUCAUAUACAUUUAUGAAGUCAUUACAUCUAUUACAGCUUCUACGAUCAGAGAUUACUGAAAUAAAAUCCCCUAUCCCAUCCUUUCAUCUUUCCUCCUUUUUAUUUAACAAUAGGUUGUGAUCAAAAUUCUCGAACUAUUUUUUAUUGUACCAUACUUUACAGCUAAAGCCAUGAAAGAUCAGCAAAGAAAGCAAUUAGAGGAACAACUGCUACAAGAACAUUUGCAAAAACAAAAAGAUAACGCAACUGCCAAGCUUGAGAAGGCUGAGCAGCCCAAGAACGAAAGCACUGAAGAGAGUGAAGAUACUGAUGAAAAUAUUGACUCCGAAGAAAGUGACAAUGAGGAGAUGUAUAAGAUACUUGUUGGUAAAAAAGUAAACAAGUCUGGUUUAGCUAUCGAUAAAAAGUCUGGCAGUGUCAUUGGUCGUCUUGUGGAAGGCAAAGCAAAAAAGCUCGCUGGUAAAAAAAUCCGAGAAAAUGGCGUCAUUACAGACGAAAAAGGAAAUACGAUCGGAAGAGUCGAGCCAGUCGAUCAGGACACAAGUGACGACUCUGAGAGCGAAUCGGGUGACGAAGAGAGUUCUAGCGGGACUGGAGCUAGAGAGUCAAAAGAAACCAAAAGCAAAGGUGUAGAUGAACUUGGUGAUGGUGGAAGGGUUAUAAAACAAAACAAAAGAGAUAUCGAAAAGCCUGAGGAUGACAAUAACAGCAACCAAACUGAGAAGGAUCAAGAAGCUAAAAAAUCAGUCGAUGAAAAUAAAGAUACUGAGAGCAGUACUAAAUUCUCUAACCCAUAUCCGCUCGUUGAUGAACACUCUGCCGAAGUUAAAAAAUCAGGAAAAGUGGUUGAUAAAAAUGACAACAUUGUUGGCAACGUUGAUGGACGAAUAGCACGUAAAUUGGCCGGAAUGAAAGUAGAUAAUGAAGGCAAUAUUGUUAAUCACAAAGGACACAUUGUGGGAAAAGCUGAAAUGAUUAAACAAAAAACAGACAAAGAACACAAGAAGGAAGCCGAAGAGGAAGAAUACAAAAAACUAGCUGAUAACAUGUCAAAUGCAAUCGAACAAUCGCUUGAUAAAAUUAAGCCAGUCUUGAAGAUGAUUACUGAAACGAUCGAGCAUGAAGAAUCAAAACCGGAAAAGGAACGAGAUGAACAAAAAUUGGUUGAUAACGUUAGGCCUUUAAUCGAGCAAGCUUCUAAUAUUCUCAGCGAAGCCCAUGGUGCUAUUAAAGGCCUUGAUCCUACUGGACAAAUAGCCAAAACUGCACAAGCAAAAACUUCUCAAAGAAAGGCGUCCCCAGAAGAGUACCAUCUUGCUGAGCUUUUAUCUCAACUUACUGGUGAAGUGACAACCACCAUCGAUAAAGCAAAAAAGAAAAUCAAAAACAUGCCAUAUGCUAAAAAGCAACUUAGCCCUUUAUGGAAUAUCUUACAAAGUCCUCUGUUACAGAUUCUUUCUGCAGUGGGCCUUUUGCUUGCGGGCGUGCUUGGCCUUGUAGGCAACAUAUUGAAUGGUCUAGGGCUUGGUUCUAUUGUCAAUAGCAUUCUUGGAGGAACUGGUUUGAAUAAGAUACUCGAAGGAUUCGGCCUUGGGGACGCCCUUUGUUUAGGCAGUAAAAAAUAAUCAACUUGGGGUAUUAUUCUGUAUAAAUAUUUUGUUCAUUGAAGUAACUAAAAUAAAGAAGGAAAAUACAUCAGUCUUAAGAGUCUACUAAAAGACCAACUCACGUAAAACUUGUGCAAAAGGUUUAUUAUCACCGUGAUCAUGUAUUUAUUAGCGUAGAACUUUUCAAGGCUUGCCUCAUAUUAUAGAAACCUGUUGCAACGACAUUUUUAUAUUCUUACUACUUGUAUCCAGAUAGAUUUAAUUACUAUUCCGAAAAGGGCCCUCUACGACGUAUAAAUUACAGUUUUGCGACAGUUAAAAAACG